AUAUCUUCAAUAGCGACAAACAAAUAAACAUUUAUUGGACUGGACUUUGCCUUAAAAGUAUGCUUUUUAGAAAACAAAAUCCCAUGUGAUUUGUAGUCCAGUCUAAGUAGUAAGAUACAACUAAAAUCAACCAAAACAAAUGCAGAAGUGAAAUGGAAAUAUCUGUACUUGAAGCAAACAAAAAAAUUUCUGUGGUUAUAUAAAAUACUUUGAAAUUAUGAUAAACUUUCAAGUAAUCAUAUCAUUGAAAAUAGUAAAUAUGCGAAAGCAAAAACAAACUCAAGUAACCUAAAAGAUGAAGGUAUAAUUCUAGAGAAACUACAAAAACUAAAAAAUUUGAAAGCUAAUAGGUGUUGAAAAUACUACGUACAACUUAACAAAACUAUAAACUCUUAACUACAAAAAUAAAUAUUUAUAUUUAACAAGUAGCUGAAUCAAUAGCAGACAUUUUAAAUGUCAAGGCAAACUUCAAUUAGAAAUGCAAAAGAAAACCACACAAAUAUAAAUAAAACCUUGCAGCUAUUAAAAUUGAAAUCAAAUGCCUAAAUAAAUAAUAGAAGAAAUUCCAAUAAACACGCAGUAGCUAAAUAAAUAUGAAGUGUGCAAACCUAGGAUAAACAAUGGCGUCCAAUAGUAUCUAAUAAAAAUAUAAAUAGAAAACGUAGGCAAGCAAAAUAACAACACAAGUGAAAGUAAACUUUGAUAAAUAUUAAAAUUUAGUUAAAUCAUAACAAAAGCAGUCGAACUAUAAGCACAAUGUCUAUGGCAUUAUGCAAUUUAAAUGGUGACGGCUCGGCGGCGCAGUCGACGUCGCAGUCGCAGUCGCCGGCCGCAACCGCCGCAGCAGCUCCGUUGCUGUCUCACUCGCACUCGCACACGCUACAGCAGGAGAGUACGCCGCUGCUCUUGGGACACGAGCAGAGCGGCAGCGCUGCUGCAGAGGGCAGCGGCGGCGGUGACGUCACUGACGGAGCGGUAACUUCCAUUGAAAUGCCCACUGUUGUUGCCGACGAUACCGGUGUACCGCCGCUGCCUCUGCCUGUGCCGCAGUCGACGCCGCAGCCGCUGCUUAUGGCUCUGCCCGCCAAUUUAAACUUCAUAACGGGACCCACGACUCAGCAACUGAUGAUCGGUAAUGGCGCCAUGGGCGUAAUUCCCUCGACCAAUGACAGCAACAAUAACAACAACAACAAUGUGGACAAUACUAGCGACGAAUCGAACCCGGUCACCAUUUACAGGUGCCGGGCUCCCAUUGCGUCACUCGACUGUAUGGAGGAGUUCAGUGGUCGUUCGAUCAGUUUGGGCUCCAAUCCGGCGUUACCACUGCGCCAUGGAUCCACACCGACGCCGGGGCUGCGGUACAAGAAUCUGGGCAAGAGCGGGCUGCGUAUCUCGAAUGUGGGAUUGGGUACCUGGCCGGUCUUCUCGCCAGGCGUGAGCGAUGACCAGGCGGAGGCAAUCCUUAAGCUGGCCAUCGAGAGCGGAAUCAAUCUGUUCGACAUCUCGGAGGCGCACUCGGAGACGGAGAUCGGCAAGAUACUGCAGCGGGCGGGCUGGAAGAGGACCGCCUAUGUCAUCACCACGAAGGUCUACUGGAGCACCAAGUCGGAGGAACGGGGCCUCUCCCGGAAACACAUCAUCGAAUGUGUUCGAGCCAGUUUACAGCGAUUGCAGCUGCAGUACAUCGAUAUCGUCAUCAUCCACAAGGCAGAUCCCAUGUGUCCCAUGGAGGUGGUGCGCGCCAUGAGCUACGUGAUACAGCAGGGCUGGGCAAUGUACUGGGGCACCGCUCGAUGGAGCCAGGUGGAGAUCAUGGAGGCCUACACCAACUGCCGCCAGUUCAACUGCAUCACGCCCAUUGUGGAGCAGUCCGAGUACCACAUGUUCUGCCGCGAAAAGUGCGAGCUCUACCUGCCGGAGAUGUACAACAAGAUCGGAGUGGGCCUCAUGGCCUGGGGUCCACUCUCAAUGGCCCUCAGCGACACCCAGAAUGGGGACAAGCUUUUCCUGCCCAAGGGCUCCUUCAAGACGAAGAGCUUCUCCUGGACCGAGGACGAGAUCAAUCGUAAUGCCGCUCUGUCGCCGCAGGGCAGUUGGGGUAAGGACCGGAUCGAUGAGGGUCGUCGCCACUGCGACCGCCUCCGCGACCUUGCCGCCCUCGCCGAGAAGCUGGGCUGCAGCCCCACCCAAUUGUCGAUCGCCUGGUCGCUGAAACAUGAGCCAGUGCAAUGCCUGUUGCUGGGCGCCACAUCGGCGGAGCAGCUGCACCAGAGUCUGCAGUCGUUGCAGCUGCUGCCACGACUCUCCUCGAGCGUUAUGCUGGAGCUGGAAAGGAUAUUGGAAAACAAGCCGGUGCGGCCGCCGAUGAUCUCGACCUUGGCGCUCCGGUGACAAUCAGCGUGCCCGCAGGGGCCGCUCAGCCUGAGCGGAGGCGGACCCUGCGGCGCCGAUUCGCCCAAGCACGAGGAUGAGGCCUUCAUCGAGGAGGUGGACGCUGCCAAGGACGCUGCCAAGCAAGGCUUCUGCCUCAUCCAGUGACAAAAGGAGUCCUUAGAUAACGAUAAUAAAUUUUUGAAAGUGAUUAGCAGUAAAACUAGCCUAAGUAGCAAUACCAUGACGACAACAAUAAGCAAGCAGGAGCAGCAGCAGCAGCAGCAGCAGCAGCAGCAGCAGCAGCAACAGCAGCAGCAACAUCUCCAGCCUCAGCAGUAUGUGCAACUACAGCAGCAACAUUUGGUGGCCAGCGGCAGCACCAGCGAUUCGGCAGCUGUUCCCAUCGCAGCUGAACUCCAGUUCGACUCCCUGAAUAACAAUAGCAACAACAACAAUAAUAAUACCAAUGGCAGUCCGGAACAGGCACUGCCCUCCAGCGAUGAUCGCCAGAAACGUCGCUCCUUGCUCAACUUCAAGUCCCUGGACUUUCAUCUAAAGUCCCUGUACAGUGGCCUACGGAGUAACUCAGGCACAACUCCACCCAGCCAACCGAAUAGCUCCGUUUCGGCGGUGGAUCAACCGCAGCGUAGGAUGCCCUACUUGCGGGUGGAGAGUGUGGAUCCCGAGGAGCCGAGAGGAUCAGUUCUGCCAGGACAUUCGCCCAGCUUUCUGUCACCCUACAGUGGCGUUGGCGGUGGAGCCGGAAACCUGCAGUUGCCCUCAACCGAUGGAGGCACCAUCAGGAGAUCCUCAACAUCUGACAUUGUUAAUUGUAGGCGGGGAGGGGGAGCAGGGGGAUCGGGCGGAGGAGCAGCCUCCGCCCAGGACAGCAGGAGGCCGAGCACAUCGGAUUUGCUCAGGAAGGCAAGGGAACGGAAGGGCAGUGAGGCCAGGAUGGGCAGAAGUGCCUCCCACAGUGGGCUAACCAGGGGCGGACCCGGCGGAGGAGGUGGUGGCCUGGGCGGAAGACGAACCAGCAUGGCCUUCUAAAAAAAAGAAAAUAAUAGUGAAAAAAAACUAUGGAAAAAAAAACUUAAGCAAUGAGGGAUGGCGAAAAAAACUGUUGAUCAAAUCUGAAUCAGAAAUAGGCUGACAAAAUGGCGCUUAUGAAUUUUUAUCUAGUGAAAAGAAAAUUUAAAGAAAAAACAAGAAAAAAAUAACAAUAAUAGAGCAGCUAUUAAGGAACGACUUUUUUGUGGAUCUAUUAUCAUUAUGAUUAUUAUAUGGUUACUACAAUUGCGCCUCGAAAGAACUAAAGUUAGUAGAUAAAUUAAAGCAAGUAAUGAACAGAAACAUAACAUUUCAUCUCUCUUAAACUCUGUAUCUCUCUCUCUCUCCCCCCUCCCGGCAAAUUUAAUAUAUAUAUAAAUACAUAUAUAUUUAAAGAACCCCCAACUUUUAUGACAAUAUUAGAACCUAACUAUCGUGUACUAUCGUUAACUAUCGCCUGGCAAAAGCUCUAAAACUAACCUGCGUUCCAACCCAAAAACCAACAAUGAUUCAAGAUCGAUCCAUUAUAUCACCGCACUGUGAGAGUUCAUAUCAAGCCAGAAGGAUAAAGCAUGGAGGAUGAAGGAUGAAGGAUACCCAAAUAUGUACUAUGCUAUGGGAUAGUGUCUUUUUCAUUAAUCGAUUAGUAGACUUAACGAGUGUUAAACAAUUGUUAACGAUUGACUUGAGGCGAGGCGCUGAAAAUGGGGAGCGAGUAGCGACUAAAGAUUACUACAUAUAUACGAAACGAAACAGCAAUGGAGUGCUCGUCGUAUGAAUAAAUUUUAGCUAAACUAAUGAACAAAUAAAUGAGUAUAAAUAAAAACUCAAAUGGAAAACAAAGAAACAAUUCAAAUCAAAUCUUAUUAAAUAGACAUUACUAGCAUUAUGUAGUUAAUUAAAUAACAAUUCAAGCGAAAUUUUUUUAAAUCAACAAACGAAAAACAAAGCAAAUGCCUUUCAUAACAGCAACAACAACAACAACAAAUUUAUAUUUUAAAUAUAUGCAGUAUAUAUAUAGAUAUACACACACACAUAUGUGAAAAUAACGAAAGCGAUGAAAUAAAACAAAGCAGCAACAAAUUGUUAUUAAUUAAUUGUAGUCCAUUAUCCCGAUGGCCCAUAUCCCAUAUUUCAUAUAAGUGAAAGAAACACCAAUAUAGCAAUAUGUAGGAUAUACAUAUAGAGGAGUUCCCGAACACCCUCCCGAAUACCAUGUAUUUUAUCAUCAUUAUCGAGUACAUAUAUAAAGUCUUUCUCACAUACGGACUGUGAUUUCAUAUAAAAGUAAACGUAAAAGUAAAAGUAAACAAUUAAUUAUUAUAUCUAACCUAAUGUAAUUAAAGGCUAAGUUCAUUCGAAAGAUCUUACAGAUACACACACACACACACCUACACACACACACACACACAUUGCGCCAAAAAACGCGCAUGUAUGUCAUUUGAGGAUCUGUUAAAAAAGCAGAAGCAUAGCAAUAGCAAUUUUCAAAUCGAAUGGCAUUAUAUACUGAUACUCUACAAUUAAUUAACCAAAUGCGAUUGCCUUAAUAAAGAAUAAUGAAUUAACACAUUGGAUCUAAUCAGAUCGUAUCGGAUCGGAUCGGAUAUAACCCAGUCGGGGGCCGGUUUCCUCAAACUUCAGUUCCAGAUCGGAAUACAUUAUAUACACGCAUCCAUUCGCAUAUAUAUUCCCCGCACUGUUGCUUGAGAAAUCGCCCCGCUCAGAGAAAUACAAUAUAUACAUACAUAUAUUGGUUUAGCUCCAUCGGAUCACUCGGAAUAAAUAUAUAUAUAUAGGGAAUACUUCUAUAUACGAGAGUAAUUGCAUUUUUUAGUAAGUAGUUAAUCCGUCCUCAACAAACGGCCAACCAAAAAAGCAACAAGUUAUUGCGAUCGGGCGCUGCUCAGUUGAUAACCCAUGGCAAAAUUUCCAAAAUUUUGAAAAAAAAAAUACGAAAACAAUUUGAAAAUAUUUCAAAGCUUAUCUUUAGAUCAUUUUCAACCUUUUCAAUUGCAAAGCAUUGUGAUGAUUAGAGUUUGUUAUUUGGAGGUUGUGAUAUUAAUUGAAAAAUUGCUGAAAAAAUCAAAUACAUAUCUGCAAAUGGGCGAAUUAUGUUACGUUGAUACAUUUUUAUGUGUUGAGCUCACUAAAAUUCAAACUAAGCGUUAUUGAGCAGUAUCCUUAGCAAUAUUAGCCAUUAGGUUGAGCAAUUAACUUGAUUUCUUACUGCAUAUUUAGUUAUAUAGCUACAAGUUAAUUAUGUGUAAACAUAACUAGAAUGUAUAUUUCGUUAUUUAAGGCUUGAAGGGAAGCUUAUACCUUUAAAGCUCCUGUAAUUUAAAUCGAAAGUCACUAUGCUGAACGGGUAAUCAAUUAACAAGCAGCGCCUGUCGAUAGAUCCAAUCAUCAAUUGUGGCCAAGCCCCCUGAAAAGUAAAACAAACAAAAAACAGCCACGUCGUGUGAACCGGAAAGCAAUAAUUCAAAAUGCUGCUGAAAAACAGUUCGACUAACAAAUUGAUGUACAUAAGAUCACAAGCAAAGUAAAGAAGAAGCACAUACACGCAGUUGCAUUAUGAGAUUAAUUUUAGUCUGUUGUUAUCGCAAUUAUUAUCACGAUUAUUAUGAUUACGAUUAUUAUUAACACGUAGCUAGUUAAAUCGAAUGAGAAUCAGCAAUUUAUCUGCCUAAGCCUGAAAGAAACCACAAUUACACUCACACCCACACUCAUGCCGUGAAAGUUUUACACAUACACACACUCACUUACAUAUACACUGACAAAAAGAUGAAAAAAAAGGAAAUGCUAAUGCAGCAAACAAAAGCUAAAAUGUAACGGAAAGUAUUAAGGAGCGGGAAAGUGUAGCGUUUAAAUCUGAAAACAAAAAUGUACUUUACAUCAAACCAGAAAUAUUUAUAACAAUUGCAAUAACUAACGAGAAGCGAUAUAAUGGAAGCGUAUAUAUAAUAAUAUAUCUUAAAAUUAUUUUCUUAUCGAAACUGGCAAUAAUAAAUAUUAAUAUAAACUUAAACAACUAAAUAAUUAUACUAUACAUGCGCGAGAACUUUGUAAGUUAACUUUGCAUAGAUGACACAUUUUGGAUCGAAUUACACUGAAAGAAAGGCUCGCACACACGCCAAGCGUUUACACUCACACACCCACUCACACACCCACACACACACAAACACAGACA